GCUGCAGAGUGGACCGAUGAGCUCCGACGAGAAGGAGCUUCUGCACCUCCUGACGUCUCCACACCUGAAGGCCGUCCUCUCGGUGCACGACACCGUGGCGCAGAAGAACUUUGACCCCGUUCUGCCGCCGCUGCCCGAUGACUUUGAAGACGAGCUGGAAGAGGAGUCUGUGAAGAUCGUCAGACUGGUGAAGAACAAGGAGCCUCUGGGAGCCACCAUCAGGCGCGAUGAGGCGUCUGGGGCCGUCAUCGUGGCUCGCAUCAUGAGAGGAGGUGCAGCUGACCGAAGCGGUGAGUUAUUCUUCAACUGCAAAACUGCGUGUUUUCUUGCAGGAAUUUUUCAAAGUAAAAGGAGCCACAGAUUUGUGGAGCUUUAGCAUGACUCAUAGUGCGAAACCGCUCCUGUCUUACAGCUCCGAGUCACUCAGCGUGCUUCCAUCUGAUCUAGAAUGUGGUUAAGGGUUUGCAGCAGUGUGAGCAAAGCUGUACAGCACAGUCAGUAAUCUGAUCUGCAUUGAUCCACGUCAUCUCUCCUGCUUAGUGCUUCAGUUUGUCUCACUGAAAUCAUAUCGCUUUCUUCUGUAAAUCUUCUUUAACCACUUUGAAACCAAAGUGUGCCGUGUGGAGCGGCGCCCUCAGCUUUAAGGUUAAACUGCUUCCUUAAGGAAAACAGUAGAACUAUUU